CAAUGACCAGAACUCUUAAGCCGAAAGGCGACAUCAGUUCUGUUUUCGCCCAUCUUGCCAGGCUUUUAGCCGCUUUUAAGAAUAAAUCAGCUGCAGUAAAAAAACUGGGCCCUGCUAUUAUUCCCGAAGUCAAAUUUGAAAAAAGCUACAGCCGGCCAAAAGAAGGCUUUAGAAACGCACAAUAAGAUACUCGGUUUUUCUUAAACAUGCUUUCAUCCUUGCUUUUAACGACAUCACUGAUAGGAUCCGUUACCGAGUGUAAUCUACGUAACAAAAUUCAUAUUUGGCAUACAUUUUUCUUUUUCACAAAUUAAACAGAC